AUGCUAUCAACAAAUCUCCUAGCGCUAUGCGCGACUACUGCCUCGGCAGCCACCAACCUCUUCGUGGCAGAUUACAGCGGCAACGUCACGACGCUAUCGCUCAGCGAGACCAACGGCACCUACAAGCUCGAGCAGACUUCCAUCAACGAUGGCUGCGCACCCAACCCAUCGUGGCUGACCAUCGACCCAGCAAGAGGCGUGCUCUACUGCCUCAACGAAGGCCUCUCCUCACCAAACGGCUCGCUCAGCAGCUUCACCAUCAACGCCGACGGCAGCCUCGAGCAUGUCCAAAACACCACAACCGCCAACGGCCCAGUCAGCGGCAUCAUCUACGGCGAGCCAGCCGGUCAGCGUGCCCUUGCUCUGGCACACUACCGCGGCUCGGCUGUCAGUUCGUGGUUGUUGACAGAGGGCGGCAACUUCGCCGAGAAUGGCGCUCACUUCUUCACGCUCCACCAGCCAGGCCCGCAUCCAGACCGACAGGCCGCUCCAUACGAGCACGAAGCAAUCACGGACCCGACUGGCCAGUACAUUGUUGUGCCUGACCUCGGCGCAGAUCUCGUGCGAGUCUUUGGCUGGAAUGCUGAGACCCUCGAGCUCGAAGCUUUGCAGCCACUGAAGCUCACUCCAGGAACCGGGCCACGACACGCUGCAUUCUACACGCCGUAUGGCGUCCCGCGUGGAACGACGCACAUGUACCUCGUGGGCGAGCUUACAGGGACUGUCACCGCCUACUCCGUCGCCUACCUCCCCGGCAACAGCGGCCUCUCCUUCACCGAGCUCUCCAACACCAGCACAAUCCCCCUCUUCACCCCCCACCGCCGCAACGCCCCCGCCGAAAUCCACGUCUCCCCCGACAACCGCUUCCUCAUCAUCUCCAACCGCAACGACAGCUCCUUCACCCUCCCCGACCCCAUCGGCGAAAGCGACUCCAUCUCCACCUUCGCGCUUGACCACGACGGUAGCAUAACGUUCACCCAACUCUGGCCAGCGGCUGGUCUGUUCCCACGUCACUAUGAGACCAACGCGAUUGGUAACCUGGUAGCCGUUGGUCUGCAGAAUAGCCAGGCUGUUGCGAUUCUGGCAAGAGAUGUACAGACUGGUUUGAUCGGCGAGCCGGUUGCGAGGAUUGAGAUUGGUGGCAAUGUUACGGCUGUGGUGUGGGAUGAAGAGCGUGCGCUGGGAGUGUUGGGAGGAUAG